AUGGCACUUGUUGCUUACGCCGUUGCCGCCACCGAUCGCAGCUCGGUCUUGACACAGGCGCCACUGAUCACUACUGCGCCUGAGCUUCGUGCUGCGGAUGCAAGCAUCAUCGGGUACUAUCCGUUCCCGGACGACAGAACCGGACCAUCCUGGGGCACGGCUUCUUGCCCGUCGGGAUACACAUUUGCGACUGCAGACGAUGGGUAUGGCGCGUGCUGCAACUCUCCAGAUUGCAUAUACGCCACCGCCUGUGCAGGCGCGGACUUCUUUGGGCCUGGGGGUGCAGGUGGAACCUGUGGGAAGGGCAACACUUGUAUCUCCUACACUGUGAAAUGGGCGACUGACAGCCCAACGACGGCAUUCUGGCUUGGCUGCUCGGUGCCGCCCAAUCCCUCGGUGCCGGAGACGUUGUACAGAAGCACGUGGCAAUUGUCAACAAGCACAUCUACCAGGACAUCGCCUCGCCCAACCACAACCAGUCCAUUUGAUGCUGGCGACGACGACGACGACGACGACUUCACCCUCCCACCAGGAUUCACAAUGCCCACGAUUCCGCCACCCCCAACAGGCCUGCCGGUAGACUGGACGCUCACAGAUUUCUCACUCAACUUCCCAGGGCAGACUGGAGGCCCCUUCCUCGGCGAUGAUGGUCCCAUAAACGGGUCAGUUGGUGUGGAGCGAUGCUGAUGGUUGGCUUGACAUUAAGCUGGAGCUUAGUAGCCAGCUUCCUGUAAAAGGUCACGAAGAACCGUAAGAUCUGGGGCUGGCGGUAAAGUCCGCUGGGGAUUGCCUGGUGACAGAUGAUAUACGAAGCGGAUUGGUCAUCAUUUCAAAAUUCUGCGUGGCGUGCAUAAUCCGGGAGCCUUCAAAUACUUGAUGCGAAUAUUGAGGACAGUUAGAAACAAACGGUAAAAUUUAC